AUGGCAGCUGUGCACCCUCUCGACCCUCUCACACCCCAGGAAAUUUCCUUGGCUGCGCAUAUAGUACGCAACAGCUUCCCCAGUAAUAAUCUAAUUUUCCGAGCGAUCACACUAUGGGAGCCCCCAAAGAAAGAAAUCAUUCCAUACCUCGAAGCAGAGAGACUCAAAGAGCGACUUCCUACUCCCCCACCACGUAUCGCUCAAGUGCUUUUCUAUAUCGAUAAGGCAACUCAAUAUCGCCGAGGUCGAAUUGAUUUGGAACAGAAGAAAGUAACAGACAUAAAUGAUCUGGACGGUCAUCAUGCAUACGUCGAUGCUGGGGAGAUGAAAAAGUGCGAGAGGGCUUGUUUGGACGAUUCGCGAGUUCAGGCUGCUAUCAGGGCACUGCAGUUACCUGAGGGGGCUGUCGUUGUUUGUGAUCCAUGGACAUAUUCGCCUGACGGCAUGAAUGAUAUGACACGGCGCUGUGUGAUGUGCUUCUUCUAUAUGAAGUUGUCACCACACGGGGACGCCAAUCACUAUGCCUUCCCCUUGGAGUUCGUUGCCGAGCUGUCGGAUGAAAUGAAGGUCAUGCAGGUCUUAAAAGUCCCCUCGGGCGUUAAUGACCAGAUGAUAACCGCCGACGCAAGUACACUCAGGCCCUUCGAUAGAGCCAAGAUCCACACAACCAGCGAAUAUCAUCCAGACUUGGCUACGGAGCGUAGAACCACAGUCAAGCCAUUGACCGUCUCUCAGCCACUUGGUCCAUCAUUCCACACCAGUGGGAACCUAAUCAAGUGGGAGAAGUGGAGGUUUCGAGUUGGCUUCAAUUAUCGAGAGGGUCUCGUUAUCCAUGAUGUUACGUAUGAUAACAGAAGGGUUUUUCAUCGACUAUCGAGUUCCGAGAUGUUUGUCCCUUACGGUGAUCCGCGAGCUCCUUAUCCUCGCAAGGCGGCCUUUGAUUUUGGGAACAAUGGUGCUGGUGUGAACGCUAACAACCUCGGACUCGGAUGCGAUUGCUUGGGUCAUAUCAAGUACUUCCAUUUCUGGCACCAUACCAACGAAGGCGUACCUACCAAGAUGUCAAACGUCGUCUGCUGCCACGAAAUCGACGACGGUAUUCUGUGGAAGCACACAAACUACCGAACCGAUAAUGCGGUUGUCACUCGAUCUCGUGUGCUUGUGCUCCAGACUGUCAUCACUGUCAGUAAUUACGAGUAUAUUUUUGCGUUUCAGUUCAACCAGGCAGCAGAAAUAUCCUACGAAGUACGCGCAACUGGUAUCCUCAGCACAGCGUUUAUAGAUAGGGACACUUCUGUCCCUUUUGGAACGGUUGUUGCUCCAGGUGUCAUGGCUCCGUACCACCAGCACCUGUUCUCCCUUCGCAUUGAUCCUGCAAUUGACGGAUACGAGAAUUCGAUUAUGGUGGAGGAAUCUCAUCCCAUGCCAAUCGAAGACCUGAAAAGCAUGACCAACGUCGGCUAUAUUACGAAAAACGAAUUUGUCGAGAAUGAAACACCCCUCGAUACAGAUAAUCGAGUUGGCCGUGUAUUCAAAAUUGUCAACGAAAAUAUUAGAAACCCCAUCACGGGUGGUCCGGUGGGCUACAAACUCAUACCACACUAUUCGCAAAUGCUGCUUGCGCAUCCAUCUUCGUAUCACUCCAUCAGAUCUGAAUUCGGCGAUUAUCCGAUCUGGGUUACUCGACACUAUGACGAUGAGCUCUUCGCAGCCGGAGAGCACACGCUACAGUCAACGACUGGUUCGGGAGUUGCGACGUGGAUCAAAUCGCGCAGGGACAACCCGGAGAGUGUCCGAAAUCAGGAUCUUGUGGUAUGGCAUACUUUUGGUACUACCCAUAACCCUCGGGUAGAAGAUUGGCCGGUUAUGCCGGUCGAAAAGAUGACGGUCACCUUGAAGCCUGUCAACUUCUUUACGCGCAAUCCGGCUCUGGAUGUACCGAUUUCUACGCAAGCAGAUAACAAGAGCGUUUUGGUCGGGGAUGAUGCUGAGAAGGGUUGCUGUGGAACAACAGCUCUCAUCCACGAAACAGCUUCAGUAAUCUCAGACACGCGCCAAUCACUCAACCCAUCAAAAUACUUCAUCAUCGUCCCAGCACUCUUCGGCAAUGGCCAAAGCACAUCUCCAUCCAACAGUCCACAUCUCCGAGAUGCGUUUCCAGUCGUCACCUUUGCCGACAAUGUGCGCGCCCAGUACCUUCUAGUUACACAGAAACUAGGCCUCACAAAAGCUAAAGCCGUGGUGGGCUUCUCCAUGGGCGGAGCUCAGGCUUAUCAAUGGGCUGUCCAGUAUCCUGAUUUCAUGGACGUCGUUGUACCCAUCUGUGCCUCGGCAAAGAAUGCGCUACACAAUAAUGUGUUUCUGGAAGGUGUCAAAAGUGCUUUGAUUGCAGCUCGGGGAGGGCUGAGUUUAGGGGUAGGAAAAGGUCAGCGAUAUCCCUCAAAUGAGCCUUGGACACCGCAACAGAGGGAAGUUGGUCUCAAAGCAUUUGGACGCGUAUAUGCUGGUUGGGGGUUUAGUCAAGCCUGGUAUCGACAAAAACUCUUCUCCAAAUUUUUCGGUGCCAAGGAUGAAGAGGAGUUUCUCCAAACUUUCUGGGAGCCUUGGGGGCUCAAGAAUGAUCCGGAUGAUUUGCUUGUUAUGCUUCGGACUUGGCAGCUUGGAGAUAUCUCUAGGGCCCCUGAGUUUGGUGGAGAUCUACAAAAGGCGCUGCAGAGCAUUAAAUGUCGAGUUGUGGUGGCCCCUGUUGAGACAGACAUGUAUUUCCCUCCGGAGGACUCUCAGUUUGAGGUAGAGAACAUGGUUACUGGAAGGGGAACACUUGCCGUGGUUCCGAGUGUCUGGGGACAUUGGGGUGGAGGUUGCACAGAUAGCAAGGACGAUCUACAAUUCUUGGAUGAAGCAAUGGUGCAAGUUUUUGCGGAGACAGGCUAG